UCCUUUUAUUUCAUUAUUAUCAGACAUUUUGCCUCCCCUUUUUCUGUUCUGCUCUAUCCUCUCCCCCCAGGCUUUUAUUUUGUUCUUUAGAGGAAAACGUUGUUUUACCUUGAAUCCAACUGCCCAUCUUUUAAUUUUUUAUUAUUAUUAUAGAUAGCCUGUCUCUUCCUUGGCACUGUUUGGAAUGUGAUUUUUAAAAUACCACUUAAAGUCGCAGUUUGGGGGAAAGGUUUCUGGACGAGGAGAAUAGCUGGCCAAGCACGGAAUGGGCUAGUAUUAGAAUCCUAUACCAGCAGCAAGCCAGACUCAAAUACCAGCUGUGGCAACCCAAGCAUGAAGUUGAUGCCUUUGAACCAUUUCCUAUAGAUGACACAUAGCACAUGCUGUGGUAUUUAUGAGCCGCCAUUUCUUCUAUUAUUGUGGUGAACCUACACUGGAUGUAAAGAUUGCCUUUUGUCAGGGAUUUGGAAAACAAGUGGAUGUAUCAUAUAUUGCCAAACAUUACAACAUGAGCAAAAGCAAAGUUGACAACCAGUUCUACAGCGUGGAAGUAGGUGACUCAACCUUCACAGUUCUCAAACGCUACCAGAACUUGAAACCUAUUGGCUCUGGGGCUCAGGGAAUAGUUUGUGCUGCAUAUGAUGCCAUCCUUGAUAGAAAUGUGGCCAUUAAGAAGCUCAGCAGACCAUUUCAGAACCAAACUCAUGCCAAGCGAGCUUACAGGGAGCUGGUCCUCAUGAAGUGUGUGAAUCAUAAAAAUAUCAUCAGUUUAUUAAAUGUCUUCACACCACAGAAAUCUCUGGAGGAGUUCCAGGAUGUCUACCUGGUAAUGGAGUUAAUGGAUGCCAAUCUGUGCCAGGUCAUUCAGAUGGAGCUAGACCAUGAGCGGAUGUCCUACCUACUGUACCAAAUGCUCUGUGGUAUCAAGCAUCUUCACUCUGCAGGAAUUAUUCACAGGGAUUUAAAACCAAGUAAUAUUGUGGUAAAAUCUGACUGCACGUUGAAGAUUUUGGAUUUUGGACUGGCCAGGACUGCAGGCACCAGCUUCAUGAUGACUCCAUACGUGGUGACACGUUACUACAGAGCACCAGAGGUCAUCUUGGGAAUGGGCUACAAGGAGAAUGUGGAUAUAUGGUCUGUGGGAUGCAUUAUGGGAGAAAUGGUUCGCCACAAAAUCCUCUUUCCAGGAAGGGACUAUAUUGAUCAGUGGAAUAAAGUUAUUGAGCAGCUGGGAACACCCUGUCCAGAAUUCAUGAAGAAGCUGCAGCCGACGGUACGGAACUACGUUGAGAACAGACCCAAGUACACUGGCCUCACUUUCCCCAAACUUUUUCCAGACUCUCUCUUCCCAGCUGACUCAGAACACAACAAACUCAAAGCCAGCCAAGCCAGGGACCUUUUAUCCAAGAUGCUGGUCAUUGAUCCGGCCAAGCGAAUAUCAGUAGAUGAAGCCUUACAGCAUCCAUACAUUAAUGUCUGGUAUGACCCAGCAGAAGUGGAGGCGCCUCCUCCUCAGAUAUAUGAUAAACAGUUGGAUGAAAGGGAACACACAAUCGAGGAAUGGAAAGAACUCAUCUACAAAGAAGUAAUGAAUUCUGAAGAAAAGACUAAAAACGGCGUAGUAAAAGGGCAGCCUUCUCCUUCAGGUGCAGCAGUGAACAGCAGUGAGAGCCUCCCUCCAUCCUCAUCUGUCAACGACAUCUCCUCCAUGUCCACGGAUCAGACCCUGGCGUCGGACACGGACAGCAGCCUGGAAGCUUCUGCGGGCCCCCUGGGUUGUUGCAGGUGACUAGCCGCCUGCCUGCGAAACCCUGCCUUCUUCAGAGGAUGAGGGGAUUUGGGAGUCAGAAUUCACAAGGAGUUCAAGAGAGAUGGAAAGGAAGAGAAAUCACAAAGUUUUACAGGAAACAAACCAAUCCACUGAUCUUUUCAGCCUGCUUCUCCUACAGAGUUAUGUAAUGCAGCUAAGCUCAAGUGUAUAUUUAACUUAAUAGUUGCUCUGCUUUGGUCUUCUUCCAGUGAUGCUCACUGGGGGGGUGGGGGGUGAAAGGAACUGAAAAGUCCUUUUUUUUCCCCCCCCCCCUUCUCCAUAAGAUGUAAAAUGAAUGGCUGCAAAACCAGCAACCUGCAACUGUCCUUUCACACUGGCAUGACAAGGUGUGCAGUAGCCACUCUCAGACAUACAAGCGUGUACCUGCCUGCACUCUGUGCUGUU